UGGGAUCGGGAUCGGGACUGGGAUGGGCAGCACCGGGACCGGGACAGAGAUCACCGCGACCUCCGGGAUCACUGGGAUCACCGGGACUGGGGUCACGGGGCUCGGGAUUGGGCAUCACCGAGAUCGGGAUGAUCGGGACAGGGAUCACCGGGAUGGGGAUAGGAACGGGGAUCGGGAGCAUUCGGAUUGGGAUCAUCGGGACCCGGAGCAGCACCACCAGGUCCCAUGGUGCAGGACCACCAGGUCCCAUGGUCCGGGACCACUGGCACUGGGAUGGGGCUCGGGCUCACUGGGAUCAGGAUGGGGAUCGGGACCAGGACCACUGGUCCCUGGUGCCGGUAGCGGGGCGGGAAGGGGAAUAACGGGGGUUAUUGGCACCACUGAGGUUGGUGGCAGCGUGUCCACUUGAGGCAGAGUGGGCCUGUGAACCCUCGUGUGUCCAUCCAUUCACAAACACAGAGGCUGUAGCCGUCCCUAAUCUUGGAAAUGUCCCUGUUCAGCACUUCAGCCCCAUCAAACCUCUGCCGGGGGGGACUCUGCAAAUCACCGACUCCUCUUAUCUUUGAGGGGAGAUAACUCUGUGUCCCUUUUCCUGCUCGUGUGGGUUUGGCCACCUGAGACACGGAGUGAGAGUCCUGGGUGAUCCCCAGCAUUCCAGCAGAAGCCGGUCCCUCCAUGGACGUGCUGUGCAGAGCAGUUGUUACAUCCCUGUGGGACAGGGGAGGUGAAGGUGAAGCCAAGGGCUCAGAGCCGUCGGCUCAAGCGGAGCGGACAGGGUUGUGUUCUGACCCAGAGCAGGUUUAGUUCACCCACGUGAGCUCUUACAAAAGGUACAGAGGGGUAAAAACACUCCCAUUUCCAUUCAGAUAACAAGGGAAGCUCUUCUGGAGCUACAGCCUCUGGACCAGCAUCUGGAACUGGAGAGAAGGCCCAGAGCUCCCAGGCCCACAGAAACAGCACUGGGCGAGGGGGAUUUCCAAAAUUCCGUUGUGUUUCUUCAGCAUUUUGGUUUUAAAACAUGUCUGGAUUAUCUCUUGAAUAUCGCAGCAGGUUGGGGAAGUACCAAGAGGUGCCCAAACUGUUGUGGGAUGCAGGCUGGAGCAGAAUUCCAUACCCCAGCCGUGGAAAUGCCUUUGUGGCGAGCAGCUGCUGCCACCGGCUGGUCCCCGCCCUGCACUGCGCCUGUACAGAGCUGGCCGAGUUCACAUUUCCGUGCUCAUUUCCCCUUCCGUGCUCAUUCGCCCAGCCUCUAUUUUGUCCCUUUUUUCCCCCACAUCCUCUUUUUUUAGCGCUGUUUCCAAACUGCUGUUCACAUCUUCAGAGCGAGGGGAAGCGCGAGAACCCCGGAGAGAAAAACGUCUUUAAUUAAGGCUUUGCAUCUUUUUCUACUGAAAUAUUUUUAACCCACUUCUGGCCUUUCCGGCUCCUUUAUUUUUAUUUUUUUUUUUUUCCUUUCCGUCAGUGCAGGUGCUCCUUCCCCCAGGAUUUUUGGGGCAGAGCCAUUCCAGCCCUGAUGCCGAGUUCUUUACCCGAAUGGUGCUUGUGGGCUGCAGCUCUUUGUAGGCUUUGCUCCGUCACAAGGUGUGCUGAGUCGUGACAGGAACAGGCUUUUUAAAGCUGUUUGCUUUGAGCUCUCUUGGCACAUUCAGGCGAGGCUUUUUCUCUGCUUUUUUGAAAAAAAAAAAAAAAAAAAAGUAUUUAAAGUGCCGGGACAAUUUUUGCCGCUGUGCUUUAAAAGGAUUUGCAGCUGUGAAUGUGCUUUAAAAGGAUUUACAGCUGGGUUGAAGUGUCCCCUCGCUUAAAAUAACGUCACAGCUUCGUGAUUCAGGAGAAUGUACCUCCCACUAGUUGCUUUGUGAGUGCUGGGGAGCACAAGGGGAAUAGGAACAACUCCAAAACUUUUAUUUGUGGCUAAAUAAGAAGCAUAACCCUGUGGCUGGGGACUGGAACUACCAAUGAGUGUGUUUGGAUCUUGGUUUUUGCCUUGCUGGUGACUCGCUUUCUACUCUCUCAUGCAGUUUCAAACCUUGGCAGGGUUUUUCCUCCAUCAGUAAAAGGGUAAUAGAGAACCCUUUGGGUGAUUUUAGAUUGUGAAGCGAUCGAUUUGGGGACCUUUAUGUGUUACAAAGUGCUGGGGCAGACAGAAGUGCAGGAUGUGGUGUCACUGGGACCUGGUGAGAGCUGUGGGUUGUGUGUUUCUCAAACUGAAAAGCAGUUGGUGGCUGGGGAACCAACGGAAGAAAUGUCUUAUCUUAAAAACCUGCAGGGCAGAUCCCACCCUCCUCCCCUGGCGUGGGGCCAGGGGCUCCGAGCUGGGCCACAACCUCAUCCAGGACAUACAGGAAUUAAACUGGGAGGAGGGGGGAGGCUCCACAAGCAGUUUUAAAUCCUGCAGGUGGGAUUUGCAGGGAGGAGGUGGAUGACAGCCACCUCAGCACACAUUUGCCAGGCAGGUGCCCACGCUCUGGAGUCAGGAGCUUUGCCAAAAUACUGGAAAACUGCUGGUGGUGAGGGUGGAGUGGUGCAAAAUUUGUGUCCUGGAGGUGCUGUCUGUGUUGGGGGAAAGCUGUGUACCUGUGUACCACCCUCCACUGACAGAGAUGGUGCCAUGGAGUAAAUGCUGAGCUUAUCCAUUCUUGGCCCUCCAGGGGCAAACAUGGAGCAGGAGAGAGGAGAGAGGGUCUGGCAGCACCGUGAGCCCCACACAGCAACUGCUUACACGGAUGUUACGCUCAGAGUCCACGUGAAUCCUGUCUCUAUUCCAAGGAAAAGAGGUUUAAAUCUCAUUCACUGCACUGGAACUGGAUGUGUGUGAGGAGGCUUGGCGGAGUCCUGGCUCCAGCUGCUGGUGUUCCUGCUGAGGCAGCUAUGGAGCCUGUCUGCUCCAGGGAUUUACUCCAGUCCAGUGAGGAAUGGGCUCAGAGUACAUGACAUAACCUCUCUCCCUCUGUGUCCUAGCCAAGGUUAAGAAGUCAGGGAUUUUUUUUUUUUAAUAGGAACAAUAUCAAAGAGGUCUCUGCAUCAUCUCCCCAUCAGUGACUUUCCUGUUCACAGAGAUUUGCACCCUUUGAAGUGCCUGAUAGUAAAUAAAGGCGCAUCAUUUAUAAAUGAGGCUGAAGCCAGAAAUCCCUUUCUCUGUCCUCUCUGUUUACCAACCCAGGCUUCCCAAACCGGAGGGAGAAUUCCCCUGACAUCAGUGACCUGCUGAGGCAACUUCCAAGCACGGAAUGGAGCUGGUGAGGAGGGAAGACCCCCAACUCCGUGAGGUCGUGUGGUUUGCCGGGCGCUGCCGAGCCCUGACACUGCUGCUGCAGGCUGUCUUUAACCUGCUGAUCCCGGAUCACGCCGCAGACGCCUUCUCUCCCCCUCGGCUGUCGGAGCCCAGCCCGUGGGAUGUGCUGGUGGAGUGGCUGCUGGGCGGGCUGUCCCGCUGGGAUGCGGAGCACUUCCUCUUCAUCGCGGAGCACGGAUACCUGUACGAGCACAACUGCGCCUUCCUCCCGCUGUACCCCCUGAGCCUGUGGGCCGUGGCCAGGGGGGCCCUGUGGCCCCUGCAGCGGCUGCUGCGGCUGCGGAGCCGCCUCCUGCUCUCAGCUGUGCUGCUGAAUUCCCUGUUUUCCGCCCUGGCAGCCGCUGCCCUGUACGAGCUGGGCCGUGUCGUGCUGCGGCGGCGCCGCGUGGCUUUCCUCGCUGCCCUCCUCUUCUCUCUCAGCCCUGCCAACGUGUUCAUGGCAGCUGCUUACUCGGAGAGCAUGUUUGCCUUCCUGGCAUUCGGUGCCAUGUGGCAGCUGGAGAAGGGGCAGAGCUGGCUCAGUGGGCUGCUCUUCUCCCUGGCUUCUGGGGCUCGUGCCAACGGGCUGAUUAACGCUGGCUUCUUCCUCUACUCCCAGGGUAAACGCUUUGCCCUCCAGCUGCAGGUGGGAUCAGGAUCCCUAAGGAAGCUCCCUCUGUUGUGGAAGCAGGUCCUUAGCCUGGCAUCUUCAGUGGUCCUGAUGAGUGCUGGGAUUUUUCUACCUUUUGCUUUGUUUCAGCACUAUGCCUACCUGAGGUUCUGUGGUCCUGGCACCGGCCUGGAUCAGACCAUUCCCGAGCCACUGGUGCAGCUGGCUCGGGACAAGGGCUAUCAUCCAGCAGCCAUGGAUGGGGCUAAACCCCCUUGGUGCUCCCAGAGGGUCCCUGUGGUCUAUUCCUACAUCCAAGACACUUACUGGAAUGUGGGCUUUCUAAGAUACUUUGAGCUCAGACAGAUCCCGAAUUUCCUGCUGGCUUUGCCUGUGACCCUUCUGGUCUCAUGGGCUGCCUGGACCUACGUCAGCACAAACCCCCGGCACUGCCUGACUCUCGGUCUGGAGCGAAGUAAGAGUGAAGAGGAGGGAAAGCCAAGAGAUGGAUUUUGUUGCCCUGCUUCCUUUGUGUAUGUGGUCCAUGCCACAGCCCUGCUGGCCUUUGGAUUCUUCUGCAUGCACGUGCAGGUGCUGACCCGGUUCCUUGGCUCCUCCUCUCCCAUCCUGUACUGGUUCUCUGCUCACCUGCUUCAGGAACACGAACCUUUACUCUGGAGUGCAGGGACUGAUAAUCCACCCCCUGGGAGAUCUGUCCUAGCAAGGGCAUCCUGGGAUUCUUCCUGUGCUACUGGCUGCUGGGACUGCUCCUGCACUGCAACUUCCUCCCGUGGACAUAGCAGGAUGUGCUGGCACAGUCUGGGAGCGGUCAGAAUUGAAACUCACUUUUUCUGGAAGCCUGACUUAGCUGUGAUGCUGCUGCUGUUGCAGUUACAAAGGUGUUACUCCUCCGUUACUACGUGUGUACGGAGCUGCUGUGUCCCAAGUGGGAUGUUCUCCAUGGUGUGAUGGUGCAGUGUCCUGUUACUGACAGCCAAAAUUCCCAUUCCCUGGGACAGGAAUGCACCUCGGUUCCUGCAUCUCCUGGGGGAGAUUUAUGGCAGGCAGUGAUUUAUGGCGGGACCGGUGUGAUGGAUUUGGGAACCCUCUGGGAUGUUGUUGGUGGGCACAGCUGGAGGACAGGGAGGAUCCAGCUGCCGUGAGCAGCUCAGACCGCGCUGGUUCCUUCUCCACGGCUCCAGGCCGGGCUGGGCUGGGCUGGGGGUGCCGCGGGGCAGG